AUGAUAGUUUUCAGUGCAGUAUCGCUUUUGAAAAUGAUUUUCUUUCUGCUGGGAAUAGCGUGUUGUAAAAUUAUUCAACAACGGCUACGAUCGUCAUUUGGUGGUAGUACCCGAACACCGACACCAACAACCCCAGCAACUGCCGAUAAACGGGACUAUCAGGAUUCUCGAUUUGUGCAUAACGUACUAUACGGUCCAGUUCCUGGUCAGAAAAACGCCUAUCAUCAACGUUCCAUAUCUUCGGCUCCGUUAGCGGAACAGUUUCUGAGCAGUGCCUCCCGUAAGAGUCACGUACAUCAGAGAGAACCCGCAGGAGUCCUCAGUGGCGUUCAUACUCGGUCAUCGGCUGCGCUGCUUGAUCCUGGCGGUGAUCUGGGUCCGAUUGGUGUUGGACUGGAUGCACAUUCCUUGGCUAGUGCAUCGACAUCACAUCUUCCAACACCAUCAUCUACUCCGACAACGCAACGAAAGAAUAGAAGGAUAUCAAAUAUUUUUCAACGUCCUAAAGACAACGAAGAGAAAAACAAAGCUCAAAAUGUGAAUCUUGGUGGUGGACGUGAAAUUCCCAUCAAAGAAGGAACAAUGCAUAAGAGGAGUACCAAAGGAGCUUUGAACCGUGAAUGGAAGAAGAAGUACGUCUGCUUGUAUGGAGAUGGCCGGCUGACAUACCAUCACACUCAAAAAGACUAUCGGGAUAAGCCAAACCAUGGGAAGGAG